GGCAUACACCGGAGUUUUAAAAUUCUCAAGAAGACUUCCGCUGAUUCCUGUCCCUACUGUUACUGCUCUGAAGGAAAAAACAGAUAAGAUCAGCAUAUCUCGUAUCUUCUUGGUGUGCCCAUGUGAUAUAGAUCUCAUACCUUCGCGAAAGUUUGGAGUAACUACCAUCGUCAUCAUCAUCGUUUAUCAUCAUUAUCAUUAGCAUGACGCAAAACACCAAACGGGUUUGUGCCAACGAUUCAUGGUCAACCGGAAAUCUAUGAAGAAGGGCAGAUCAGAGUCACGCCCAUCCCCCUUCUUCUCUUCUCUCCCUCUCCCUCAUCAGCAAUGAAGAAUUCCCACCUUUCCUGAAACUGCCUACCAUUUACCUGUUCGUCUCUCUUCCAUUUUCCAUUUUCUCCAUUAUCUCAUCGAGCGAGCGGCCGAGCGAGAGAGAGAGAGUCUGGUUGCUGCUUUCAUGGUCAUGGGAGCCGCGGGUUCGAAGCUAGAGAAGGCACUAGGCGAUCAGUUUCCAGAAGGGGAGAGAUACUUUGGACUCGAGAAUUUCGGCAAUACUUGUUACUGCAACAGCGUUCUGCAGGCAUUAUACUUUUGUGUCCCAUUCCGUGAACAGUUGUUGGAAUAUUAUGCUAACAGCAAGAAUGUCGGAGAUGCAGAGGAAACCCUUUUAACAUGCCUGGCAGAUUUGUUUACUCAGGUACAAGUCAUGACAGAAAGAAUAUGGUUCUGUAAUUUGAUGCAGAUAAGCUCUCAGAAGAAGAAAACUGGUGUUAUUGCUCCAAAAAGGUUUGUGCAGAAAGUGAGGAAGCAGAAUGAGCUUUUUCGCGGUUACAUGCACCAGGAUGCACAUGAGUUCUUAAAUUUUCUCUUAAAUGAGCUUGUUGAUAUCCUUGAGAAAGAGUCAAUUGCUGCAAAUGACUCUCCAGAUAAUACAUCACCAUCAGAAAAGACUGCAAAUGGGCACCGGAAUGUUCAACCAAAUGGCAAUCAUAAAGAACCUGUGGUUACAUGGGUUCACAAAAUCUUCCAGGGUAUCUUGACCAAUGAAACCAGGUGCCUUAGAUGUGAAACAGUAACAGCAAGGGAUGAAACAUUUCUAGAUUUGAGCCUUGACAUUGAACAGAAUAGUUCCAUCACAAGUUGCCUAAGAAAUUUCAGUUCUACGGAGACAUUAAAUGCGGAGGAUAAAUUCUUCUGUGAUAAAUGUUGCAGCUUGCAGGAAGCACAGAAGAGGAUGAAGAUAAAGAAGCCUCCUCACAUCCUUGUCAUUCAUUUGAAACGCUUCAAAUACAUUGAGCAGCUAGGCCGAUACAAAAAACUAUCAUACAGAGUUGUCUUUCCUCUGGAGCUAAAGCUAAGCAACACCAUGGACAGCACAGAUUCUGAGUAUUCCUUGUUUGCUGUUGUUGUUCAUGUAGGUAGUGGUCCAAAUCAUGGACACUAUGUCAGCUUGGUGAAGAGCCACAAUCACUGGCUUUUCUUUGAUGACGAAAAUGUGGAGAUGAUAGAUGAGUCAGCCGUGCAGACCUUUUUCGGAUCAGCCCAGGAGUACUCCAGCAAUACGGAUCAUGGAUAUAUUCUGUUUUACGAGAGUUUAGGAGGCAAGAGUUGAAGAGGCUGGCUUUUUCCCGAGAGUAUGGUGCUAAUUUUCUCCUCUCCAUUGCUCUACUGGAAAGAAGCUGCAUGAGUUGCGGAAUGCUGCAGAAUGCCAUGUACAGUGGAUGGUGGAAUCUCACCAUCCUUUGCUUGUGGGACAAUAAAGAGGAUGUAAAUGAUGGCUGAGAGUUCACAGAUGCUUGUAUCCCUUGGUGUCGAGUAUUUUAUACAAAUUGCAGUUGCUUCAUUGCUCUCAAUAUCAAAUAAUAUUUACAGAAAACAUUUUCCUUUCAUUUACAAUAUGUAUGCAUAGCGGGCUGUGAGAGGAACUGGAUCGGCUGUUAGAAGAUUGGUUGCUGGACUUAUUAUUAUCCUUUUUGUUUGA